AUGCGAAUCGUACUGAUUGGCUUGCUCCUUGCAAGCGCUGUAACUUGCGAUCUGUUCACAGCGAUCGCUGACCUCCAGCAUAUGCUUGGUGCUGAAAAAGAUGUCACCCGAAUCAUCGAUCAAUAUAUUCUUGCUGAAAAAGAGCGACUUGAUGAUUUGAGACGUUUCGCAUCGGAUUAUGUUAAUCGUAAUGCACAUGCUGAGGAAGUUGGACCGGAGUUUGUCACGAAUCCGAUCAACGCUUAUCUUCUCAUUAAGCGAUUGACGACGGAAUGGAAGAAGGUCGAAAACAUUAUGAUGAACAACAGGGCGGAUACGUUCAUCAAGAAUAUUACCGAGAAUCGCGUCCGAAGUCAAGUCAAGUUCCCUGGACAGGAGGACUUGAGCGGAGCGGCUGUUGCACUUUUGAGACUACAAGACACUUACAAAUUGGACACCCAUGACUUGGCGAAUGGUAUCAUUGGCGGCGAGAAGGUCUCGCAUAAGCUCUCCGGCCAUGACAUCUUCGAGGUCGGACGUGCCGCUUAUAAUCAAAAGGACUACUAUCACACUCUUAUGUGGAUGCAAGAGGCGUUGAACAAAAUUGAGAAUGAGAAUCCGCCGACGGUUGAGGAGUCUGAAAUUCUUGAAUAUCUCGCUUACGCGCUCUACCAGCAAGGCAACGUUCGACGAGCUUUGGCGUUGACGAAGAGACUUGCAAAGAUUGCUCCAAAUCAUCCGAGAGCCAAGGGAAAUGUGAAAUGGUACGAAGAUAUGCUCCAAGGAAAAGACAUGCAAGGAGAAUUGCCACCAAUCGUGAAUAAGCGCGUUGAAUUCGAUGGAAUUGUUGAGCGCGAUGCUUAUGAAGCGUUGUGUCGAGGAGAAAUUCCGCCAAUGGAGCCAAAUAUGGCGCGCAAACUCAAGUGCUACUUGAAGAGAGACCGCCCAUUCUUGAAACUUGCGCCAAUCAAGGUCGAAAUUCUUCGCUACGAUCCAAUUGCCGUGCUUUUCAAGGAUGUCAUCUCCGAUUCGGAAAUCGAAGUUGUCAAGGAGCUCGCCUCACCAAAGUUGAAACGCGCCACCGUGCAAAACUCGAAGACCGGAGAGCUCGAGCACGCCACCUACAGAAUCUCCAAGAGUGCUUGGCUCAAGGGAGAGGAAAGCGAGGUGGUUGCACGAAUCAAUAGAAGGAUUGAGGAUUUUACUAGCUUGAAUCAAGCCACCUCCGAGGAGCUUCAGGUAGCAAACUACGGACUUGGUGGACACUACGAUCCACACUUUGAUUUUGCCCGGAAAGAAGAGAAGAACGCGUUCAAGACGCUUAACACCGGCAAUCGAAUCGCCACCGUUCUGUUCUAUAUGAGCCAACCUGAGAAAGGCGGAGCGACUGUUUUCAACCAUCUUGGCACUGCUGUCUUCCCAACGAAAAACGAUGCUCUCUUCUGGUACAAUUUGAGGAGAAGCGGAGAAGGUGACUUGAGAACUCGUCACGCUGCCUGCCCAGUUCUUCUUGGAGUCAAAUGGGUUGCUAACAAAUGGAUUCACGAACGCGGUCAAGAAUUCACAAGACCAUGCGGAUUAGAUGAAGAUGUGCAAGAAAACUUCAUCGGAGAUCUUUCGCCAUUCAAAAACGAUCCAUAA